UCUGACUUGCAGAAGAUCUGAGUUGAAGUGCUGAAAGAAGCUCAAAGUGGAAAGUUUUUUUUUUUUUCCCAUCCCCCCCCGAUCUGGAGAAGACUAGAGAAGAGAGAACUGGAGACCAGGCUGCUUCAGUUAAGAGGGUGAAAGUGUGUGUAGUGUAGGAUUGAGAAGGCCAUGUCUGCAGUGGUGACGAGAGCACUGGGGAGGAGGUCUCACUAUUAUGGGUUGCUGGCUCGCACCAGGUACUGGAGGCAGGGCCGAUCACGCAGCCGGACGCGAGCAGCCAACAAGGAGUCUCCCUUGGAGCGGGUGGGCCGUCGUCGCAGCAUGCCUGGCACCACCACCAUGGAUAAAGCUUCAACCACGAUUGAGGAGGCCUCCUCUGCAGCCCUGAGAGUCACAGGCUUCCUGAGCCGAAGGUUGAAAGGCUCCAUCAAACGCACCAAGAGCCAACCCAAGCUUGACCGCAACAGCAGCUUCAGGAACAUCCUCCCGGCCUUCAAGAACGCCGACAAUGACAGAUCCCAUCUGAUGCCGAGGCUGAAAGAGUCGAGGUCUCACGAGUCGUUGCUCAGCCCCAGCAGUGCAGUAGAAGCUCUGGAUCUCAGUAUGGAGGAGGAAGUACUCAUCAAGCCUGUGCACAGCAGCAUCCUGGGACAGGACUUCUGCUUCGAGGUAACUACAUCAACAGGAAGUAAAUGCUUCUCUUGUCGGUCAGCAGCGGAGAGAGAGAAAUGGAUGGAGAACCUCCGGCGAGCUGUGCAUCCCAACAAGGACAACAGUCGUCGGGUGGAGAACAUGCUAAAAUGUUGGAUUAUUGAAGCCAAGGACUUGCCAGCCAAGAAAAAGUACUUCUGUGAACUUUGUCUCGAUGACACGCUUUACGCUCGGACUACCUGCAAACUCAAAACGGACAAUGUUUUCUGGGGGGAACACUUUGAAUUCAACAACCUGCCAUCAGUCAAGAGCAUCACCGUGCACCUUUACAAAGAGACGGACAAGAAGAAGAAGAAGGACAAGAACAACUAUGUGGGCCUGGUGAACAUUCCUGUGUCUGCGGUAACGGGACGACAGUUUGUAGAGAAGUGGUACACCAUAAGCACCCCCAACCCCAGCAAGGGCAAAGCCCCGGGACCCAUGGUGCGUAUGAAAUGCCGCUACCAGAGCAUGAGCAUCCUCCCCAUGGAGCUGUACAAAGAGUUCGCUGAGUACAUCACCAACAACUACAUGCUCCUCUGCUCAGUGCUCGAGCCAGCAAUCAGCGUCAAGAGCAAAGAGGAGAUGGCCUGUGCACUUGUGCAUAUUCUCCAGAGCACUGGCAAGGCUAAGGACUUCCUGACCGAUCUGAUGAUGUCAGAGGUAGAUCGGUGUGGCGACAACGAGCACCUGAUCUUUCGGGAGAACACGCUGGCCACCAAAGCCAUUGAGGAAUAUCUCAAACUGGUGGGCCAGAAGUACCUGCAGGACGCUUUAGGCGAGUUUAUCAAAGCACUGUACGAAUCGGAUGAAAACUGCGAAGUGGAUCCAUCAAAGUGUUCCUCCAGCGACCUGUCCGAGCACCAGGGCAACCUGAAGAUGUGCUGUGAGCUCGCUUUCUGCAAGAUCAUCAACUCCUACUGUGUGUUCCCCCGCGAGCUGAAGGAGGUGUUUGCAUCCUGGAGGCAGGAGUGCAGUAACCGCGGCCGGCCGGAUAUCAGUGAGCGGCUGAUCAGCGCCUCGCUCUUCCUGCGCUUUCUGUGUCCCGCCAUCAUGUCCCCGUCGCUCUUCGACCUCAUGCAGGAGUAUCCUGACGACCGCACAGCGCGCACGCUCACCCUCAUCGCCAAGGUCACGCAGAACCUCGCCAACUUCACCAAGUUUGGCAGUAAGGAGGAGUACAUGUCCUUCAUGAACCAGUUCCUGGAACAUGAGUGGACCAACAUGCAGCGCUUCCUGCUGGAGAUCUCCAACCCAGAGACCAUCUCUAACACAGCAGGCUUUGAGGGCUACAUUGACCUGGGCCGAGAGCUCUCUACACUCCACUCGCUGCUGUCUGAGGCUAUCGCUCAGCUCGACCAGAGCACGGCAACUAAAUUGGGGCCCUUAGUACGGAUCCUGAGGGACGUAAAUGUGGCCCUGACUAAUCCCACCGGAGUGCCGCUGUCCUCCCCUACAGAGCGUGUGGGUUCUCCCAGCAUGCCCGGCUGUAGCGUCUCAACCGGUCUGCACAAGUUAGUCAUGGACUCGGAGCUCAGCGGGAUGGUGGAUUUCACCCGGCUGCCCUCUCCGACCCCUGAGAACAAGGAUCUAUUCUUCGUGACUAGGGCCUCAGGAGUCCAGGCAUCUCCAGCUCGCAGCUCCAGCUACUCAGAGGCCAAUGAGCCAGACAUGCAGAUCUCCAAUGGCAGCAAAAGCCUGUCCAUGGUGGACCUACAGGACAGCAGAAGCGUUGAGAGCAGCGCCAAUACAGUGUCCAGUGACCCCACCAACGAUACCCAGGGCACCGGGGCAUGGGUUGCCCGUACUCUGAAAGGUGGCACAGCUGUAGGGCCUACUCUGAGGAAGAGUGGGCAAACACCCACUACACCGGGCAUAGAGAGUGCGCCAGGCCGGCCACAGCUGCUCGCUCCUCUCUGCUUCCAGAACCCCGUGUACCAGAUGGCGGCUGCUAUGCCAGUGUCUCCACGUGGCACAGCUGAUUCCGGUUCAGAAUGCCAAAGCUCCACCGGCUCCCAGGGCAAUCCUGAGGAUGUGGCCGCAGUAGGGGUCAAGCCCACAUUCAUUACACAAACCAGUAUGGCCACAGGAUCUGGAAGUGGAGGAGCAGGAGCAAGUAACAACGACGACUUUGCAAGACGCUCUGGUGAGUUUACACGAAGACAGAUGUCCCUCACCGAGACCCAGCACCAAUCCAACGUCCCAAGACAGAACAGCGCUGGCCCACAGAGGCGGAUUGAUCAGCCUCCUCCACCCACAGUCACUCGAGGACGCACUCCUCCCAGCAUGCUCAACACUGCACCCUAUCCACGGCCCUCCAGUGGCAGCAUGAUGUCAACAUCAUCUCCUGAUUGGCCCAGCAAUGGAGCCAGGCUGAGGCAACAGUCCUCAUCCUCAAAGGGAGACAGUCCUGAGACCAAACAACGCACACUGCACAAACAGGCCCCAUCUCCAGUGAAUCCCAGUGCUCUGGACCGCACGGCUGCAUGGUUGCUAAAUAUGAAUGCACAGUAUCUGGAGCAGGAGGGAAUUGACCCAGAUUCCAAACACAGGGAAGACCUCUUCAACAAGGAUGAGCUAAGCCAGACUGAAAAGUAUCAGCAGGAGAUCAGCAUGCUGCAGGAGCGUCUCCGGCUGGCCUUGAAGAAGCUCGAGGAGUACGAGUCACGUCUGCAGGCUCAGGAUGAUCAAACGCAGAAGAUGCUGCUGGAGUACCAGGCUCGGCUGGAGGAUGCUGAGGAGAGACUGCGCAGGCAGCAGGAGGACAAAGAGCUGCAAAUGAAAAGCAUCAUCACCAGGUUAAUGUCGGUUGAGGAGGAGCUGAAAAAAGACCAUGCAGAUAUGCAGGCCAUCAUUGACUCCAAACAGAAGAUCAUUGAAGCCCAGGAGAAGCGGAUAGCGUCUCUGGAUGCGGCUAACGCUCGGUUGAUGAGCGCUCUGUCUCAGCUGAAGGAACGCUACAGCAUGCAGACGCGCAACGGCAUCUCACCCACCAACCCCAGCAAACUGCAGAUCACCGAGAACGGCGAGUUCCGGAACAGCAGCAACUGCUAGCAAGGACACAAAACCCUGCUGGGUUCAAGGGCUACGGGUAAAAUAAUAAGUAAAUAAAUAAACUAAAUACAGAGAAAAAACACAGUGGCAAACAAUCUAAACUCUCUGGACUUUAAAACACUCGUUCUUAAAUGUGAUGGCGGAAAUGUGGGAACCAUUUUUGGCUUUCGAUUUCAGAAUGAAUGACUGAUGGAUAUGUUUAAUCUGUCUUCUGUUUGUUAGUAGAAAAAAAGAACAAAAAAAACAGAAAAGCAGGUGUGUGAAACUUAGCGAUCCGAUCAGCUUUCUUAGUAGACAGUAACGUCUGGUGUACGCCUCGGUGACUUGUGUGGUUUUAUAUGAACAAGCCAAGCGAAGACAACAAACUGGAUGACUGAAGACUGAACUUGGUUGCGAAAGUGUGCUUUUAAUUUGAAAGUUUGCUAGUUAGCCGCACGCUAAUAAUACAAAUGUUUUUAUUAUUAUUAUUAUUUAUCGAAACACUUUAUUUAAGUGUUUUUGAUGUCUAUGAUUUCUGGUAGGCCAAAAGGUUCCUUUUUGAUACAUUUGUACAUGUUCACGUAUUUUCUUUUCUUACCUACGACCUUUUUUUUUUUGCAUGUGUCAUAGUUACCAGAGCUAGCAGUAGCAGUAGCACAAAAACAUGUUUGUUUAUUUGUGUUGGUAAAGAGAGACCUUUAUUUCCUUAGGUUUUUUUUUUUUUUUUGGUCUGUUUUUGCCUAUUUUUGUACAUAGCUUUAAUUCAAAUUGAUUUGUAUCAUUGUUGUACAUAAAACAUACACUACGACGUGUUUUUGGUUUUAAGCAGAGUAGAGGGAUAUUUUGUACAGUGUAUAUUCCUGUUCCUAUCCCUGUGUUAAAUUCCUCAGUUCUGCGCUAAACGUGUCGGGCUUCGGCUGUAAAUUCAGGUGCUGCUUCUAGAAACGGCAGAGCUCUGAGAACAUUUGCGCACGCGUUCCUCGCUCAUGACGCUAAUCUCGAGCUGUGGCUGUGUUAUGGCGUGGGUAGAGGAAAAAAAAAUAUCAGUACAAACACUUAGCGAUGUUGUUCUUGUGUAGGGAGAAAACAGAAAUCACUUCCCCUGGAAUUAAAUGCAUCAGUGUUUAAACAGUAUGCACUUUCUAGCAGUAGGGAUACACUCCUUAACCAAAAAAGCAAACACAAGCAACAACAAAAAAAAAAAUGCAAAAACAAACGACAUCUUGUAAUUAAGAGUUAUUCCACGAAAUCGAGUCGUACGUGAGCUGAUAGCUGACGAGGCGCGUAGCGCUGAGUGGAGCAGAGUAACUGUUUCAUUCUAUCCACCAUUCACUGGAUUUUGAGAAACGGAGCAUUUGUAUUUUUUGCAAAUUUGAUAAAUAAACUUUAUCCAAAACAUCCGACAAAAUCAUUUCCGCUUAAACAAACCGGUGAAAUGACAGUAGCAAUUUGUGAAAAAUGCUGCUAUAAUAAUAGAGUUUUUAUUUCGUCCUCAGUUGGUUCAGCAACAUUCUCCGUCAUUUUCUUCUUCUUUUGGGUUUUUUGGCAGUUGGUGAACCAACUUAAAGGAACAGUCCACCGUACUUCCAUAAUGAAAU